CAUUGCUAUCUAGGCUUAGGAUUCGAUGCUCUCGCCAAAGAUGGCGGACUUUGUGCCCGCCCCUUUUCUUGUUUUCCUUUGGUGUUAGUCGGAGCGUCUCAGAAGUCGGAGUCGAUAAUGGCUGCUGGUAAAGUGCGGAACUUGUUUUUGCGGCAACUGAGAGCUCCCACCCAGCUGGGCUUCAACCCCAGCUUUCGUCCCAUGAGCUCCACCGCAAAGGAUGAGGCCCCCAGAGCAACUGGCUCUGAAGCCCCAGGACACAGCUAUGAGUCCCUUCAAGUGACAUGUGCCCAGAAGCAUGUUCUCCAUGUGCAGCUAAACCGACCUGAGAAGAGAAAUGCCAUGAACAAGGCCUUCUGGAGGGAGAUGGUAGAAUGCUUCAACAAGAUAGCACAAGACCCUGACUGCCGGGCUGUGGUGAUCUCUGGUGCAGGGAAAAUGUUCACUUCAGGUAUCGACCUCGUGGACCUGGCGUCAGACAUCCUGCAGCCCCAAGGAGAUGAUGGGGCCCGCAUAGCCUGGUACCUCCGUAACCUCAUCAGCACCUACCAGAAGACCUUCAGUGUCAUCGAGCAGUGCCCCAAGCCUGUGAUUGCUGCCAUCCAUGGGCACUGUAUUGGUGCAGGCGUGGACCUCAUCACCGCCUGCGACAUCCGGUAUUGUACCCAGGACGCUUGCUUCCAGGUGAAGGAAGUUGACGUGGGCCUGGCGGCCGAUGUGGGAACCCUGCAGCGCCUGCCCAAAGUCAUCGGUAACCAGAGCCUGGUCAACGAGCUGGCCUUCACCGCCCGCAAGAUGAUGGCUGAUGAGGCUUUGCACAGUGGGCUGGUCAGCCGCAUGCUCCCAGACAAGGAGCGCAUGCUCGAUGCUGCAUUCACCUUGGCCACUGAGAUUUCCAGCAAGAGCCCAGUGGCUGUGCAGGGCACUAAAGUCAACCUGAUCUAUGCCCGAGACCAUUCAGUGGCCGAAAGCCUCAACUACAUGGCUUCCUGGAACAUGAGCAUGCUGCAGACCCAGGAUAUCAUCAAAUCUGUCCAGGCAGCGAUGGAGAAGAAGGACAUGAAGAGCGUGACCUUCUCCAAGUUGUGAAAGCUCGAGGUUUCCAGUCCCUGGCCCGGGGUCACCAGAGUCAAAGUUACACCAUCUGCCACCUGUUUCCUUAUCUAUGGGAAGGACAGAUUGGUGAAGAUGGUCUUCUGUGUGCCUUGCCACACAGUCUCCAGUUUAUAAGUUUAUGACACUGAUUUCUCCACUCCCAGGUCCUUAUCUUUACUCACAAACAAUAAAGACUUGUAAAUAA